GGUUGUUGAGCAGCUGCCCCUGCACUCUUACGCCAAUCAUUACACAUCUUUAAUCAAGUUUCUGCCAUUCUUCUAAGAGGAAACCAAAGCUUGAUUAAAAUCCAUCAUGAUUGAUCUGCUUGGAGCUGGAGAGUCUGGCUUUGGUCAGAUUAAUGCCCUGACCAUUACAGCAACCCUUGGAGUGGUAACUGCUACGCUGGCCCUCUGGACCAUCGUGAGGCCAAAGCGAUUUCCUCCUGGUCCAAGAGGCCUGCCUAUCGUUGGCAGCAUCUACAGUAUGAAUGAUUCUCCUGAGGUUGUAUUUGGGGAAUGGGCCAAGAAGUACGGUGAUGUCUUUGGCUUCAAGGCGGGGCAGAGAUGGAUGGUAGUUCUCAACCGUCAAGCAUUGAUCAAGGAAGCCGUCCUCAAACAGAGCGUGGACUUUGCUGGUCGUCCAGAUUUCUACUCUAUGGAAAUCUUUACGGAAGGAUUCAAGGAUAUUGCUUUUAGCCCUUACAGUGAGACCUGGAAACUUCAUCGCAAGUUGGCUCACUCAGCUCUCAGGCAUUUUGCAACGGGCAAGCCUCUUCAGGGCCUCAUCUCCAGCGUCUACCCCAAGGUUGAGAAGAAGUUGGCCAUGACGGCGGGACAACCUAUAGACCCCAAGUUUCUCGUCAAUCUGAUCAUGUACAACGUUCUCGCACAGAUGUGCUUUGGACGAAGUUAUGAGUUGGAAGACCCGAAUGUUGUGCAGUGGAUGGACGUAAACGAGGACCUCAAUGAACAGUUUGGAUUAGGUCUAGCAGCAGACUUCUUCUCUUGGGCCAAGUAUGUUCCCACCGGUGGUCCACGAAUGAUCAAGAAAACCAUGGAAACGAUGUUUGGCUUCCUGUAUUUGCAGAUGGAGGAAACAAGAGAACAUUAUGAUCCGGAGAACAUCAAUAAUUUCUACAGUCUACUUCUCAAAGCUCAAGAAGACGCAAGGAAAGAAGGAGAGAAUGUGGACAAACUGACCGAUACUCACAUCUUCCAGACGAUCGCUGAUAUCUUUGGAGCUGGUAUUCAGACAACCGUUGAGACCCUGUACUGGGCCAUGGCUCUCCUUGCAACCUACCCAGAAAUCCAGGAAAAGAUCCGCGCCGAGAUCGACGAUGUCAUCGGCCGUGAUCGUCUUCCUACCAUCAAUGACCGCGGGAAGCUCCCCUACACGGAGGCAAGCCUCUAUGAAGUGUUGCGGUACAGCAGUAUUGCUCCGACCGCUCUUCCUCAUGCUACUACCAGGGAUACAGAAUUCGGUGGCUAUCAUAUCCCUAAAGGGACAGUGGUGAUGAUCAACACACACUCCAUGCACUAUGACCCUCAAGAAUGGGACCAACCGGACAAGUUCAUGCCAGAGCACUUCAUGGAUGGAAGUGGCACUAUCCGUGAUCAUCCUCCAAGCUUCCUGCCCUUUGGAGCGGGUCGUCGUGGCUGUCUAGGUGAAGCCGUGGCCAAGGCUGAUCUCUUCCUUAUAUUUACCUGGUUCCUGCAGAACUACACCUUCAGCAAGGUCCAAGGAAAGGAGUCUGAAGACAUCUUGAAGAUGAUUCCUCAGACGGCAUCUGGUAGACUCCUUCUCUCCUAUGAGAUCAUGAUCAACAAACGAGACUAAUAGGGUCCUGGUUCAGUAUUCAAUUCAAUACUACAUCAGAAAGAUUAAUGUUUACUCAGCUAUCGGCUUGGGUAAAAUACUAGUCAACUUUGGUAUUCAGUUGAAGCUUUGGGCUAAUUAUGUUACCCCAAGUUUAAAACAACUCCCUCGCAGGCUAAAGCCAAUUAUUUGGAGGCUUUGAUUGACAAGCCAUAAUGGAUGAGCAAAUUAUAUGAGCACACACUUAUUUGUAACACGUUUGUUGCACAUGAUUUUGGAUUGUCUACGUGAUGACACAUUUGUCACCAAUACAUUUAAGUAUUUUGGAUUACCUAAUUUAAUAUACCAGUCUGGGCCUUUAUCUACAUGGCCUGUUUAAGGUGCCUCAGAUGGUUUUGUGAUUCCUCUUCUAUCAAAUAUUAAGUUAGAUUGAUUCAGGAAAGUGAUUUCUUAAUCAUUAAAAAAAAUUGAAACACAUCAUUGGUCAACAUAAUGGAUGUGGUUAAAAGCAGUUUUUGUCCGUUGCAUUUAGAUGGUCUUGACACCAAAUCAAUGACUUAUAUUUU